GUAAUUAUGUGUCCUGCUGGACGUAAUCCUUUACCACCGUUUGUUUAUGAGAACGAUGACGAUUUUACCCAUUUAAAGAAAAAGGAGCACAAAGUAUUUAAUCUUCCACCUCAUUUAGCCCAACUUGAAGACCCUUGGAAUAAACUUUGCACUCAACAUACCCUUUCUAGCCUAAGACACACAGCUGAAUAUUUUGAUCCUGAGGCACCAAACGAUGAUCUUGAUUUCAGAUUAAAAUCUCACUACGAUCAACACAGGCACUGGUGGAAGUCUAAAUCUGAAGCAUUACUGCAGCUUGAGACAUUAAAUGAAACAAAAAGAGUGCUUAAAAAUCGUCCUGUAAAAGUUCCUGUUAAGCGACCGCCUCCAAGUCAGCCAUUUACAAUAUGGACAUGUGAACGUAGAGAUCGUCUUGAAAAUGUUUCGGAAGCAAUAGAUGGUCAUCAUAGUCAAGCGACAAAUGGUGGUUAUUCAAGAAAACCUGAUGGGAAUAAAUUUAUUGCAUAAGAGCAAACAAGCUGAGAAUUACUCACUAAGGGAGGCAAUAAUGCUUUGCUGAUCUUAGUAAUACUCUUAGGCAAAUGAAGCACAGUUUGAAGAAACAUAAAAUUGAUCUUUGGUUAUAUUUGGAAUCAUUGUCAUUUAAUACCUUCA